AUGACUGCGACCGAGAAUGGAACCAACUCUGGGACGCAGUCCUAUGUUAACACCAUGCCCAGCUCGGAUUUCACCUGGCAAAUCACGCUGGCGGAGAAAGUGAUCGCAAUCACCGGUGCAAAUCGGGGAAUUGGUCUCGGAAUCGCAGAGGUCUGCUUUGCCAAUUCGGCCAAGGCUGUUUACUCGCUGGAUCUCAUGGAGCCGGGUGAGGACUUUGCGGGAUUGCAGAAGAAAUACCCGAAUUUUCGGUAUAUUCAAACGGACGUGACUUCGGAGGAGAGCAUCCAGAAUGCCGUUGAUCAGAUCGUAGAGGAAAAUGGACGGGUCGAUGGGUUAGUUGCCAACGCUGGCAUGACCAAACAUCAACCGGCACUCCAAUUCGACCGUCCGGAAUUGGAGAAGCUGUUCAAUCUCAACGUCUUCGGAGCAUACUUUUGUGCUCAGAUAUUCGCACGGAAAUUUAUGGAGCUGGGCAUUAAGGGAUCCAUUGUUAUGACUGCAAGUAUGACUUCGUAUCGGCCGAAUCGGGCUGCUCCCUCUGCACCAUACGGCGCCACGAAAGCGGCCGUCCGGAAUAUGUGCCACACGUUAGCCAUGGAAUGGAGCAAACACGGCAUUCGUGUCAACAGUAUCUCGCCGGGAUUCGUCAGAACAGCCAUGACCUACUACGUCGAACACGCGCCUGACUGGGACCUCAAGAUGCAAUACUACGGUGGGAUGCCGCGUCUGGCUGACCCUCGCGAGCUGGGAGGGGCCUAUGUGUACCUGUUGAGUGAUGGAAGCUCGUAUACUACGGGAAUUGACAUUCCAAUCGCUGGUAUUGUUGGAGCUUGGUAG